CACGUUUUUCGGUACUCAGCCUCAGUUUUGUGCACACCAAUGCUGAGUGAAAUCAUGUUUUCGAUGUAUCUGACCGUGUUUUUUUCUUUAACUUCGUUAUAGAUCAAGAGGCCUUGAGAAGCUGAUGAUAUGGCUUUAGUUGGCCUGCGGAGGAACCUUUGUCACUUGUGUGAUUUCCAGAUACACAGAGCCCUGGCCGUUCUGAGGAGUCAGCCUGUGAGCCACAUCCACCAGGCAGUCAGGGAGCAUCUGUGCUACUGGUUCUUUGCACUGCGACCAACCCCCUCCAGGGUCAGGUCCCAUCACCCCUGCUGGAACAACUUCCACUCUGAAAACGGAAGUAAGACUCAGCCAGCUGGCCAGCUGGUGUCCCCUCGAGUGCACGAUUGGGACAGGCUUGAACAAAACAUUAAACACGCAGAUGAACAGAUGUUUUACAGGAGGCUGAACGACUUCACUUCAUCGGAAGAAGUGCUGAGUUUUGUAAGCACGCUGGAAACGCUGCCUGACAGUGGGGCAGCGGGAGCUUUACAGCGGAUCUGGGAGGUGGGAAAGAAAGAUGAUGCUGGAAGGCUGCCAGAAGAAAUCCUGGACAAUCACGUCUUUAAGGCUCUAUGCUUUCGGCUGGAACGGGAAGCUCCAACUCUGACAAACACUGGUUUGGUGAGAGCUUUGCAAGCCCUGACUCUGUCACAUGUAGAUCCUCAGACUAGCUUGUUAGAGAACCUGGUGGCAGAAUGCCAGAACCGUCUCCAGAAGGGUGGCCUGGAGGUCCACCAUCUUUGUAUUCUCGGAGAAAGUCUGGUUAAAUUGCAGGGUCCUGGCUGUGUGAUGCUAGAACAGAUUAUAGCUCAACUGCAAGGUGAAGAAUUGGAAAAGUUUUCCCCAGAGGAUGUCGUGGCCAUUUAUAGAAUACUUCAGGCAUGUCCUGAGAAAGUGGACCAACACCAGGCGUUUCUCAGUAAGAUCAACAGCUUCACCCUGUCAGUUGUUUACAGCCUGAGUCCUAAGUCCAUCAGCCAGGUGCUCAGUGCCCUCGUGGCCCUCGACCAGACGCAGGCGCUUCCUCUGGUUAUAAAACUGGGCAAGUACAUGGUGAGGUACAUCCCUCGCUUCACUAGCGGAGAGCUGGCCAGCGUGUUAGAGGCUUUCAUCUACUUUGGGUACAGUGACAGAUUUUUCACAAGAGCCCUCGAGCAACACGUAGCUGCACUCUGUCUCGCUUUGAAUCCGGAGGUUGUCAGCAAAAUCACCAAGUACUGCAGUAAAAAACUGAUUUUUUCAAAACCCAUCUUGAAUGCAGUGGCAGAAAGUUUUGUUUGCCACUCAGAAAAAUUCUCACCUCAUCAGAUUUCUGAGUUAAUCGAACCAUUUGGCACACUCAAUUAUUUGCCCCCAAACACCCCUGCUUUAUUUAGGAAGCUAGAAACCAUGCUGGUCACUCACUUCAAUCAUUUCCCACCCAAGACGCUACUGAAACUUCUCCAUUCGUGUUCGCUGAUUGAACGCCAUCCAGUCAACUUCAUGGCAAAAAUUUUUAGCCCUUAUUUCCUUCAGCAGCUGCAGGGUAAAGAACCCUAUUUGGACAGGUUGAGUCUGGCCCAACUGACACAGCUUUUCCUAACCUCCAUCCUAGAAUGCCCUUUCUAUAAGGGUCCCAGACUUCUUCCUAAAUAUCAAGUGAAAUCGUUUCUUACUCCAUGCUGUUCCCUGGAGACCCCUAUGGAUUUUCAACUUUAUAAAUCUGUGAUGAUUGGACUGAUUGACCUUCUAGGAGCAAGACUAUAUUUUGCUUCAAAAGUGUUGACACCCUAUUGCUAUACACUAGAUGUUGAAAUUAAAUUAGAUGAAGAAGGAUUUGUCCUACCAUUUACAGUCGAUGAAGAUGUACGGAAAAGGGUAGCACUGUGCAUUGAUGGUCCAAAAAGAUUUUGUUUUAAUAGCAAAAACUUACUAGGAAAAGAAGCCAUUAAACAAAGACACCUACGGCUCCUUGGUUAUGAAGUUGUUCAGGUAGAGUGUUCCCGUUUCUUUGUUUCCAAAAGCACAUUCCUAAUUCAGACUUACUCCAUCCAGGGUACUACAUGGUCUGCCAGCCCAGUGGACCAAGACUCUUACACCUAUACAUAUCAACUUUGCUAAUCAGGCAUUUCGGAAUACUCAAUGUUUUCUUUACAAAUCUCUUGACUUGUAUUUUGACACAGAGAAUUUUCAGACUCUUGGUUUUCCAGGAUUGGGGCAUGCCUACGUUCUCCACAAGCUGUGCUUCACUCUGCUCUCCGCAUUUGUACAUCAUUGCGUUAAUUUCUCCCUGAUUUAAUGACGGUCCAUCUUGCUCAUCGCCAGAUUAAUCUCAGAAACCCUCAUUACUCCUGUACUGCUCCCAGGAUAAAGCGAAGCUUCCUCUUCAUGUUCACAUUCUCGGCUCUCCAUGGUCUGUGCCGGGCACAUGCAGCCC